GCACAGAAGCAAGCCAUGGGAAAACCUUUUUCACCAGGAAAAUGGGGCCCCUCCAGCGCCAGCUGCGCCAGGGGGAAUAUGGAAUGUUCCAGUUUUCCCCCAUGUUUGAAAGUGACUUUAUCCAGAUCAGCAAACAAGGUGGCCCAGUUGAGAUCCACAACCAGGAGCAUAUUGUGACUCUUGGCAUUACCUCUACAAGCCCUGUCCUGCUGAUCCCAAAUGUGCUGCUCCUGGCACGGCCCAUUGCCCCAUCUGAAGAGCACACUACAAAGGCGAAAAGCAUCUUCCACCGUCACCCACCACCAAGAUAUGAGCUAACCAGGUUAUUCCCUUUGCGUUACGUCAAGAUCAGCAUCCACAAUGCAGAGAAAAAGCAGCUGCGGUUCAAGCUGGUGAGUGGCCGCACCUUCUACCUCCAGCUGUGUGAGUCAGACAAGCGAGGUGAUCUCUUUGAUGCCUGGGUCAGGAUUGUCCAAAUGCUGCGGCCGCCCUCCGAAGAAAACCUUGAUGAGCAUCCGAAGAAGAAGAAAGGGAAGAAGCCCAAAAGCCUGAAACCCAGUUCGUCAGCUCCAUCACUGCCUCUCAAAGGCAAAGUGAAGAAUGCUCUCAAGAGUUCAUCUCCUAAACAUGCAUCUUCAGGAAAGCGCAAUUGGAAUAUUCACACUGCCACCAAAAUGGCCAGUGCCCAGGAAUUUGAGACCAAGAAAACAAGUGAGCCAAUCAUAUCUUCAGACAGCUCGGGCAGCCUCCAGCCUCUAACACCAGCACUGCCUUCCAGAUCAGAGAACACACUCACAAAGGAUCCUGAACUGCCUCUAGAGGCCCAGGAGCUGGCUGAGAAGUCAGAAAAGGAGGCCGCUGAAUUGAGUCCCAACCGGAAGAGCUACGUUGGCGAGAAAAGUGGCUCCCAGACUAAGAGAAAAUCUGACAUAAAAAGCCAUCGAAGCAGCUCAGGAGAGAAAGGCAGGAAGCCGAGCAAAAUUGUCUCCCUCAUCAGAUCCUGCUCCUGGGGAGGCACAAGGAAGGACAAGCGGAGUGCCAGAGCCAGGGCCAGAGGGAGGAAACGCAGAGGGGAGUGAAACCAGGAGCUAGAACUAAGAGGAAGGACAAGCGGAGUGCCAGAGCCCGGGCCAGAGGGAGGAAAUGCAGGGGGGAGUGAAACCAGGAGCCUAUAGGCACAAAGGGCAGGAGUCUCUGCCCCACCUGAAAUUCUAAAUGCAAUAAAGAUGUUGGUUGGUUAUAGACAGUGUCUUUAUCUGACAUUUGUGCAUGCCUGAAAUGUCUCUAGUCUAGUAUGUUAUUCAUUAGCCUUCUGUAUCAUGACGAACCAUCACCCUGACAAUGUAAACUACACCCUUACUAGUAUCAGGCCCAUAUAUUGAGGUUACAACUCACACUUUGCCCUUUCCAAGGCCUCUCUGGUUGUUAGGUCAGGACAAUCUCACCCUCUGUCACCACCACACACUCCCCUUUGCAAGGCCUCUGGUUAAUGAGUCAAUUACACUCUUACCCAUGCCUGCAACAUAACUGAUUUUCCUGGCGGCUGGCUCCCCCCCCCCCCUUCUCUCAUUGCUUCAGGCCCACAGUUCAAAGACAUGCCUUCUGAUCAACUCUAAUCUGAACCAACUGCACAGUGACACACACACCCUCUAUUAAAUGGUAUUAUUAGAUUAAUGCUUAUAAGAAGAGGAAGAGCAAAAAGGGGUCCACAUGUUCUAACCAACCAAUUAUUUCUAGUAGACUUCAAGAAAACUUUUGGUGUUUUUCACAUCCUGCUCUGAAGAGGCAAAGGGUUGUGUAUCUAAGAUGUAUUCAAGAGGAGACCCACUGAAAUGAAUGGACCUAAGCAGUGCGAUUUUUCUAGAAAAUAUGGUGCUGGAACUCACCGUGA